AGUUCAGAGCAGCAAGUGCUCUCUGCAAAGAGGCUGUUAACUAGCCCUUGGAGGUGAAGAGCCUCUCUGCCUUGCCGGGAUUUCAGUAAAGAAAGCCAAGUCUGAAUAUGCAGUUCUCUCCCUGGAGUGAAAGAUGUUUUGUUUAUUUCUAAUCAACUAUGCUAGAUAGCUGCAAGCUGAAAAGUGCCUGCAAUUUGCCAUUUAUUUAUAAUAAGAAAAUAAAUACUGCUGGAACCAGUAAUGCAGAUGUCCCUUUGGCUGAUCCCGGAAUGUACCAAUUGGACAUUACAUUAAGAAGGGGUCAAAGUUUAGCUGCCCGAGAUCGAGGAGGGACAAGCGAUCCAUACGUGAAGUUUAAAAUUGGAAGAAAAGAAGUUUUUAGAAGUAAAAUAAUACACAAGAACCUCAAUCCUGUGUGGGAGGAGAAAGCUUCCAUUCUUCUUCAGCAUCUCAGGGAGCCGUUGUAUAUAAAGGUGUUUGACUAUGAUUUUGGACUACAGGAUGACUUUAUGGGCUCAGCCUUUCUGGAUCUCACACAACUGGAGUUAAAUAGGCCCACGGAUGUGACCUUAACGCUGAAAGAUCCCCACUAUCCUGACCAUGAUCUUGGAAUCAUUUUGCUCUCAGUUGUCCUUACCCCUAAAGAAGGAGAAUACAGGGAUGUGACCAUGCUAAUGAGGAAGAGUUGGAAAAGAUCAAGUAAGGAACUCUCACAAAGUGAAGUGGUUGGAUCUUAUUUCUCUGUGAAGUCUUUCUUUUGGAGGACGUGUGGCAGGCCUGCUUUUCCUGUCCUGGGCUUCUGCAGAGCAGAGUUUCAGAGUGCUUAUUACCAAAGUGCACAAUUUCAGACCCAAAGUUUACGUCUGUCAGAUGCACACAGAAAAUCACAUCUUUGGAGAGGAAUAGUCAGCAUCACGUUGAUUGAGGGGCGAGACCUCAAGGCGAUGGAUUCAAACGGGUUGAGUGACCCCUACGUGAAGUUCCGGCUUGGGCAUCAGAAGUACAAGAGCAAGAUUAUGCCAAAAACUUUGAAUCCUCAGUGGAGGGAACAAUUUGAUUUUCAUCUCUAUGAAGAAAGAGGUGGAAUUAUUGAUAUCACUGCGUGGGACAAAGAUGCUGGGAAAAGGGAUGAUUUUAUUGGCAGGUGCCAGGUCGACCUGUCGGCCCUCAGUAGGGAACAGACACACAAGUUGGAGUUGCAGCUGGAAGAGGGUGAGGGACACCUGGUGCUCCUGGUCACCCUGACAGCUUCGGCCACAGUCAGUAUCUCUGACCUCUCCAUCAACUCCCUGGAGGACCAGAAAGAGCGGGAGGCAAUAUUAAAGAGAUAUAGCCCAUUGCGGAUAUUCCACAACCUGAAAGAUGUGGGAUUUCUCCAGGUGAAAGUAAUCAGAGCAGAAGGGUUAAUGGUCGCUGAUGUCACAGGUAAAAGUGACCCAUUUUGUGUGGUUGAACUGAACAAUGAUAGGCUGUUAACACACACUGUCUACAAAAAUCUCAAUCCUGAGUGGAACAAAGUCUUCACCUUCAACAUUAAAGAUAUCCAUUCAGUUCUUGAAGUGACAGUUUAUGAUGAAGAUCGGGAUCGAAGUGCUGACUUUCUGGGCAAAGUUGCUAUACCGUUGCUGUCUAUUCAAAAUGGUGAACAGAAAGCCUACGUCUUGAAAAACAAGCAGCUGACAGGGCCAACAAAGGGGGUCAUCUAUCUUGAAAUAGAUGUGAUUUUUAAUGCUGUGAAAGCCAGCUUACGAACAUUAAUACCCAAAGAACAGAAGUACAUUGAAGAGGAACACAGACUCUCUAAACAGCUGCUACUGAGAAACUUUAUCAGAAUGAAGCGUUGUGUCAUGGUGCUCGUAAAUGCUGCAUACUACGUUAAUAGUUGCUUUGACUGGGAUUCACCCCCAAGGAGCCUGGCUGCUUUUGUGCUCUUUCUCUUUGUUGUCUGGAACUUCGAGCUCUACAUGGUACCGCUGGCUUUGUUGUUACUGUUGACAUGGAACUACUUCUUGAUGAUAUCGGGGAAAGAUAACAGGCAACAUGAUACAGUAGUGGAGGACAUGCUAGAGGACGAGGAAGAAGAAGAUGACAAAGAUGACAAGGACAGUGAAAAAAAGGGAUUUAUAAAUAAAAUCUAUGCCAUCCAGGAGGUAUGCAUCAGUGUCCAGAACAUCCUAGAUGAAGUGGCUUCCUUUGGCGAAAGGAUAAAGAAUACUUUCAACUGGACUGUCCCCUUCUUAAGCUGGCUGGCCAUUGUAGCCCUCUGUGUGUUCACAGUCAUCCUGUACUUCAUUCCACUGAGAUACAUUGUCCUUGUCUGGGGCAUCAAUAAAUUUACAAAAAAGCUUCGGAGUCCGUAUGCAAUUGAUAACAAUGAACUACUUGACUUCCUUUCCAGAGUCCCUUCAGACGUACAAGUGGUGCAAUACCAAGAACUGAAACCAGAUCCUUCUCAUAGCCCAUGUAAAAGGAAGAAAAACAAUCUUGGCUAGCCAGCUCCCAGCACUGAGGAGACCAGCAUCUUUUUGGGAAGAUAAAAGAAAAAGCCUUCAGCCUCAGCAGCUUUUCCUUUCUUUCUGCUUUUCAUUUAUUUUGCCUUUUUAUCAUGAUCGAGAGAAUUAGUAAAUAGUGUACAAAGGCAUAUGUCUUUGAAAUUAUACUUCCAUUGUACAGAAUCAAUUUGAUAAAGGUUUAGCUACUGCUGUGUGAACGCCUUGUUAGCUGUGGAUAAUAACACACCACACUGGAACAACAAAUGAAAGAAUGGUAACAUUGGGAGAUAUAUACACUUCUCUAAUUCCAAGUGGAAGAACCAGAAUAUUAGAUUAAAUGCUCAGCUGUGCUCUGAUUGAAUCUACAUAAAAUGUAAAUGU